CGAGAAAGGACGCAGUGGAUUAACAGCUUUUCCUUCCAGUGUUCGCACAUCGAAUCCUCCUCGAGCUCAUAACAAGCUGACAAGCAAUGAUUGCAGUUCUACGCUGAUGGGGAACUCAAAGAUCCGGGAGAAAUCUGCACUACUGACCCCGUGGGGGAGCAGAUUAACAGAGACACCUUGGAGCGAGUAUCCACGACCGCAGCUGCGGAGAGAUUCUUGGAGAAACCUCAACGGACUGUGGCGAUGCCGAAUUAUUGGAAAAGAAAGCGGAGAUCAGAGACAAAGUGAACACGGACCACAAGAUAUGCUAGCAGUCAGAGACACAGAUCAACAGAUUCUGGUUCCCUUCUGCUUGGAAUCAACUCUGGGCGGAGUUGGACAGAGAUUGGACCCAAACGAGGAGCUUUGGUAUCAUCGAACCUUCAACAUGGAGAAGUUAGGCAGCUCCAAGCUUUUGCUACAUUUUGAAGCUGUUGACUAUCGCACAACUGUUUGGUUGAAUGGGAUAUUAGUUGGCAAGCACCUGGGUGGCUUCUCACCUUUUGAGUUUGACAUCACGGAAGCUGUUCGUGAUUCCAACGAUUUGGUCGUCCUCGUGACUGAUGCAACUGGCAACUUUCAACUGCGGGGAAAGCAGUCUAAGUCACCACACGGCAUUUGGUAUUCUCGUGUCUCUGGUAUUUGGCAAACUGUUUGGCUUGAAACAGUUCCUCCCCAAUACAUCAAGAGUCUGAGAAUUGACAGCACCUUAGAUCCACCUUGCAUGCACUUCAAGGCUGCAGUAGAAGGAGAGAAUUUGGAACUGCGAGUGGUUGUAGAGAAGGAAGGCGAUCCAGUCGAGGUGACUGGAAGCUGUGAUGCUGCUUUACACCUCCCAUUUCCUGGAGCGAAGCUCUGGUCUCCUCAGCAGCCUUAUCUUUAUACGCUUAACCUUGAACUCCUGUCCGAAGGCGUUGUGGUAGAUCGAGUACAGUCUUAUACUGGGAUACGCACAAUUGGCAAAAGGCAAGACCAGAAGCAUUGGCGUAUCACCUUGAACAAUGAGAUUUGUUUUCAUUUGGGCCCUUUGGAUCAAGGUUGGUGGCCCGAUGGACUUCUUACAGCACCAUCCGACGAAGCUAUGCGUUCGGACAUUGAAUUCUUAAAGCAGGCUGGUUUCAACAUGAUUCGAAAGCACGUGAAGGUGGAGCCACGGCGAUAUUACUAUCAUUGCGAUGUGCUCGGGAUUCUGGUUUGGCAAGACCAAGUCUCAGGCACUGAGAAGGAGGGCGAUUGUUUUAAGGUACCACCCUGGAGCCGGUUGGAGCCAAAUGGUCAGGAAGCAGAAUGGCCAGAAUGGGCUAGAACACAGUUCUUGGCGGAGUUGCAGGAGAUGGUAGAGGCUCUAUACAGCAGCCCAGCGAUCGCGGUGUGGGUACCUUUCAAUGAGGCCUGGGGUCAGCAUGACACUGAGGAGAUUGCCAAAUGGCUUCAAAGCUAUGACUGCUCGCGCCUCAUAAAUAUCGCAAGUGGGGGGAAUUUCUUUGCAGUGGGCGACAUUGUUGACCACCACAACUAUCCUGAACCCACGUUUCCCAUUGAUGCACGAUUUCAGCCAUUCAUCAAAGUAGUGGGCGAGUUUGGAGGUCAUGGCUUGGUGCUGGGAGAGGAACAUUUGUGGCAAACUGCGCGAAAGAACUGGGGCUACAAUGUUCUCAAGGACAUUGAAGAGCUGGAGGUCAAAUAUGAGAGCUCCAUGCAGAGUUUGUGCGAUUGGAUGUGUCGUGGAAUUGCAGCAGGUGUGUACACACAAACCACUGACGUAGAAUGUGAGGUCAACGGACUUCUGAGUUACGAUCGCAAAGUGCAGAAGCUUGCUCCAGCAUUCCUUUCAAAAGUGCACUCCAGGCUAUGGGACAAAUGUGCCCAGCUGGCAGCCAGAAGCGGCGCGCAGCCUUUCAGGGAGCCAGAUCCGCUGAUUUUGGACAUGCUGUCAGGGACCCAAAGUUUCGGCAUAGACAUGGUGACACCUGCCCUGCAUAAGAUACAGCAUGCCAGCGCUGCUCCCAAUUCCUGCCAGAAGGAUGCUACAAAGCACUGCUCCACGGCCAGAUCACAAGUUCAUUGCUUGGGCCAGCACCGCGAUGACAUCUCUGAUGAUUGCCGAAGAGAUCUGGGCAAGUCAGUUCCCUUUGUAUGCAGUGCAGCUAUUGACAAACAUUGUGAUGUCUUGCACGUUGGUAUUCUGGACUGCUUGCAGAAGUACGAAAGUGAACUUUCUGGAGAUUGUAAAGAUGCCUUCUUGGCCACCAGCAAGGUGGUGAGCUGCAGAGAUUGA